AUGAGUCGAUUCCUGAUCUCCAUCGUUUGCGCUGUUGUGCUUUCGACGCUCGCUGUCGCCGCACCAACUGGUGGCAGUGACGCUUCCGGUACGCCGGUUGUCUCAGCAGAGCCUGCGUACGAAACGGUGCCACUUGCGAGCGACGACCCGAAUGCCAUUACGUGGAAUGUUACGACCGAUACCGACCCUCAGCCCAUCCGCGGCGCUCUUGGAUCCACCAUCAUGGCGCAGCAGAACGUUGCUCUUCAACGACUCAACCCCGACCUGCUAGCCCCGCCAACUACUGAUGCGGGUGACAUUCCAAACCUGAAGUGGUCAUUUACAAUGAGCACAAAUCGACUGCAAACUGGUGGUUAUGCUAGACAACAAAAUGUCAAUCAAAUGCCAAUUGCGACCUCCAUGGCUGGUGUCGACAUGCGUCUUGAAGCUGGUGCCAUUCGGGAACUGCACUGGCACAAGACUGCUGAGUGGGCCUAUGUUCUGAGCGGCUACAUGCAAGUAACGGCAGUGGAUUCGAGCGGCCGUAAUUUCCUGGGCACUGUGGGCCCAGGCGAUCUGUGGUACUUCCCACCCGGCGUUCCGCACAGUCUGCAAGCUACCAACCAGACUGAGGCAGGCGCAGAAUUCCUGCUUAUCUUUAACAGUGGCGACUUUAGUGAGGACUCCACGUUCUUAUUGACCGACUGGCUCGCCCACACCCCGAAGGACGUCCUGGCCAAGAAUUUCGGUACAACGAUUGAGAAUUUGAACAAUUUGCCGGCCCAGCAGCUAUACAUCUUCCCAGGAACUCCCCCGUCCCCCGAAGCAACUGCACCCGAGGAUCCUCAGGGACAAGUGCCGGCGCCCUAUACUUACGCUCUUUCGGAAGUCACUCCUACACAGCUUGCCGGCGGUUCAGUGAGGAUUGCCGAUUCGUCUUCGUUUGGUAUCUCCACGGGCAUCUCCGUCGCCGAAGUCACUGUUCAGCCCGGAGGAAUGAGGGAACUUCACUGGCACCCUACUCAGGACGAGUGGACGUACUAUAUAAGCGGCGCUGCCAGGGCAAGUAUCUUCGCGUCAUCAAGUACGGCUAGAACCUAUAACUACGAGGCAAGCUUCAAUGCUGCUCUAUCAUGCCAUUACAUUGAAAACAUCGGGGAUGAGCCUCUGGUAUUCCUGGAGAUUUUCAACACUGACGCCUAUGAAGACAUCAGCUUGAGCCAGUGGCUGGGCGUGACGCCACCGUCGCUGGUACAAGCCCACCUCGGCUUCUCCGACGAGCUGGUGGGCAGCCUCCCCAAGACGAAGCCUAUCGUUGUAGGAGCUACGAGUCUUUAG